ACCAAAUCAAUCCAGUAAAAGGUUAUAGAAAAUGUCACAAUUGGACCAUGAUCUGAUGAUGGAUAGGCUUCUGGGAGCACCUCUCGGAGGGUCUGGCCAGACUCAGAGCGAGAAGGAGCUUGAAAAAUGGCAGAAUGAGAAACAACAGCUUAUGAUCAAACAGAAUCGCGAGUAUUUGGAAUCUCUCUUGAAAGAAAACGCCAGUACUCCGGUGAAAGUCGGACAGGUACAGGUGAACAACGGGCAUGUAUUCCGGGAGCUGUUUCUCCAGGCCCAGCUUAAGCCGUUGCUCAAGUCGGACUUGAUUACCUUGGGCAAGUUGUGCGAGGGAAUUGAUGAGGUUGCAAACAAUUUGAGAUCGUUGGGAGUAGUGGACAAUAUGUUUGUUUCGCUCCCCGAUACCCCCACGAGAAGUAUGGGUGGAUGGGGAAUGACUAGAAAUAAGACGCUUCAAUUGACCCCGGUGUUCAAUAUAGCACCGGUGAAAAGAUUCUAUGCAAAGACUGGAACCAAUGUGGGAAAUGGAGAAGGUGAUGGAUACAUCCAAUUCCAAUUGAAGAAUUUAUUUGGAGGAGGUGAGAAUUUGGUGUUUGAUGCCAUCACUGGUACCAAGACACAGUCGUCAUAUUUGUUGAACUACACCAUGCCCUUGAUGAAUAGCGCGAAGGAUGUAUUUGAACAGCUGUUCUAUAUGAACACCAAACAAUUGGAUUGGCUCAAAUGUGAUUCGAAAGUGAAAGGGGCCACCACAAGAGUAUCCAUGCAAAGAGGUAAAGUGUCGCACGACAUCAGUUGGGAAAACUGCUGGAGAGUACUCUCGAACACCCUGUCGAGAGCAAUGGAUGUUCUCAACCAACUGGGGAAUGAUUUCAAGUCUGCACUUCUUUAUAACGUCAAGUAUGAUACCCGUGAUAACGCGCAUUUACCCACACGUGGUCAAUAUUUCCGUGUUGGACUCGAGUACUCUGGGAUCUUGGAAGCAUGUUCUCAACGGUAUAUCAAGCAAGUGGUUGAAUCUCAAAGAUGUCUCAAGCUUUCUGAUUCACAUUCUCUUAUCCUCACCAACAAGGCAGGUGUGUUGUGGCUGAUGAACCGGGCGGGCUCGCAUGUGUUGGACCGGUUCUUUAUUGGAGGACCCAACGACGUGCGGUCAUUUCUCUUGAACGGAUUGGGACCUAAAAGCUUUAAUGCUUCUGUAGGAGGAGAUCUUUUCAUCAAUGGAGGUAUUUCUUUGGUGUCUCGUCUUCCAAAAGUAUCUCCAGAUUCAAAUUUCAAGCUUCAUAACUUUAUUAAUUUUGGAUCUGCUGUUCCAAUGGAUCGUCACAACAUGGAAAAGACAAUGGCUCUGUUACGUCAAAUAUCCGUUGGAUGUGGGGUUGGAGUGUUGUAUAACCACCCAAUGGCCCGGUUCGAACUCAAUUUUGUUCUCCCAUUAGUGGUCCAUGAACGCGAUUAUGUUCGUAAGGGUAUACAAUAUGGUAUUGGGAUUUCUUUCUUGUAAUGAUACCGAGGAGAAAUUUCAUUAAUGAACAGAGUGAUGAUCAAAGGGGGAAAAUUUUGAAAUGGGUAUAAGCAGUUUUAUACUUGAUGUACGAUAUAUAA